AUGGCUGUCGCUGCCCACAAGUCUGAACGCUCAAAUGACACCAGCCUCCAGGGCACAAUGUUUGAGCUGGAUUUGGAGAAUCUCGAUACUGUCGAUCCUGAGAUCAGCUUGGCGACACCCGGAUCGGGAACAUCAGAGAAAAGCAAAAUCGCAUUCUUUGCUCUCCAACGCGCAAUUGAGAGGCUUCGCGCAUUUUACUAUGUCCUACAGGUUGCAAUGGGAACUCUUAUUGCGGGCAUUUGCUUGGCAGUCUUGACUGAAAUAUUGUGGAGAGUCAUACCUGCGGGACGCGUUGCUGAGAUUGUCAUUUCUGGCUUUAGUGCUUUUGGCUGGUUCCUGACGUCUGCAACAAUUGCCAUUGCCUCCACUUGUCCCAUAGAUGAGUUGGACUUCAACUCUUUUGUUCAUGCCAGGCCAAUCCUUUGCAUAUUCUUGGCAAUCCUCCCGUUGACCACCGCAGCAACACGAGUGUGGGAGAUGCCAUUUCCACGGUGGACAUCCUGCUUAGUUUCUCUCACAAUGUUGGUCAAUGGUUGUAUCUACUACAAGCGUUCAUGCUCUCGUUGUCGUCGCUACACGCCAUCAUUUGGAGUGCUGAUGGAAGUGUGGUACUUGGAUGUGAUUGUAGCCUCAACCAUCAAUGAGAUUGCCCUAGCUGAGCCAGGGGUGGUGACAAACAUAUGGUUAGCUCUUCAUGCAAGCAUGGCUUUUGCCCUCCAGUGCCGGCUUUGGUGGAAAAGGGUCCGAUCCACCCUGCGUUUCUAUGUAACAAGUUACAUGGCAAUUACAUGGAAUAGCAGUUAUUUUGCCUGCCGUGCCAUUGACUUAUCUCUGGGGCACAAACAGUGGGAAGAAGGUAGACAGUUGGAUGUUGCAAUUGGCGCAGCAAGUGUAUUUGCUGUGAUUGUUUUGAUUCCACUCUUGAUCGUUUUCCUUCUUGGACGACAACGUCUUUUUGAUCGAUUGGCACAGUGGGUUGAUCAAAGUCGUAGACUUCAAGAUGGUGCCUUCAUGGCAAUGUUGCUGGAUUCCUAUGUUGUUGAAGUUGGUCAGUCGUGGUGGCUGUCUGAAUCAGAGGCUGCAUCCAGCAAAGACAUUGCCUCAUGGCAGCCCAAAAGGAAGACCAAGAUGACCAAGAUUGAUUCAACCCGUUCAGCCACCAAGAAAAGCUUGAGUAUACCAAAUGACAAAGCAAGACCGGGUUUCGUCAAGGGCCAGGUGAGUGAAGUUUCAGCUGAUGGGAAGAGCUUUUGGGUUCAACUUCCGAGCGGAAAAGGCUUUGAAGUUCAUCGGAACCAGCAAGUGUUGCCUUGGCCUGAGCUCUUGGAGCAAGGCCGAAAGCGCUUGAGAUGCGUGGAUUGGGCGGCUCAAACAGAAGACCUUUGGGCUCAAAGCUCUGGUGGUUUUGAGCUUUCGCGCCCAUUAGCUCGUGGCGAAGUGAUUGAUUUCUUUGUUUCGCAUUCAUGGUCAGAUCCACCCACACAAAAAUGGAAAGCGCUUCAGCUGGUGGCAGAGAACUUCAAGCUGCAGCACGGGCGUGAUCCAACAUUCUGGGUGGACAAAGUCUGCAUCGACCAGCGUCAAAUUGCAGACGGUUUGAGGGUGUUGCCUGUAAAUGUGAUGGCAUGCAGACAGGUGCUUGUCCUUUGUGGGCCAACAUACCCGACACGACUUUGGUGCGCAUGGGAACUAUGUGUUUUAUUUUCUUCUAUGCCUGUGCAAGCAGCUUUGAAUCAGCUCGUGGUCAUUCCGCUGAGCCAGCCUGCACUUUUGGAAUUGACAGGCUUCGAUGUUUCGAUUUCAAGUUGCUACGAUCCGAACGAGGAGUUGCGCUUGCGCCAUGUCAUUGAUGCGAUUGGCACAAAGUUGUUUGAGUCGAAGAUCCGUCAGCUGGGACAGCUGAUUUUAGACCGAGAAUUGACCAAGAGCAGAGGAUUCUUGGUGGAUGCGAUCCUCAACGACACCGUCAACGACACCGUCAACGACGACACUGUCGGCAACGGUGGUACAAGCGGAGUAGAUAGCCGAACUUUGGACUCGUCUGACCGAAUCAGUGAGGGGUCCAUUAUAGAGAUUUAA